AUGCCGGGAAGAAAAAGAAAGGGUAAAUCAAAUUGGAGUUCAGAUGCGGUUAAACAGGCGAGGCGCAGGAGAGAAAAUGAAACUGCUGAGCAAAAAGCAGCACGACUAAAAAAAGAUAGGGAACGAAAACAUAAACAGCGCAAAGAUGAAACAGAGGAAGAAAGAUUACACCGUCUAAAAGAGCAAGCAGAACGAACAAAAGAUAAUAUCAACGACGAAACAGAAGAAGAAAGGUUGCAGCGUUUACAGAGAGUGUUAGAAAGAAGGAAAUCAGAAAUAGCCACAGAGACAGAAGAAGAAAGGUCGCAGCGAUUACAGAGAGUGUUAGAAAGAAGGAAAUCAGAAAUAGCCACAGAGACAGAAGAAGAAAGGUCGCAGCGAUUACAGAGAGUGUUAGAAAGAAGGAAAUCAGAAAUAGCCACAGAGACAGAAGAAGAAAGGUUGAACCGUUUGAAAGAUAUGGCGGUACGGACUAAAAAUAAAACGAUGAAUGAAACUGGGGAAGAGAGAUCUGAACGAUUGAAAGAUAUGUCGCUAAGAAACAAAAAUAGAAUUACCACUGAGACGGAUACUAAUAGAUACAAACGUUUGAAAGAUCAGACAGAACGUAAUAAAAAGAUGUUGCUUAGUGAAACAGUACAGCAACAAUUGCAGAUGACCACGCCCCGAACUACGAUAACCCGCACACACCGUCCUCUGUCUGCCGAUGUUGGGCACAUGGAUAAGAUUUGUGCCCACUGCCGUGCUUAUCGCUUACAUGGAGAGACUGCUAACUUUUGUUGUAUGAGCGGAAAAGUCAAUAUGGCCAAUCUGCCUCCACUCCCACAUGAGCUUCAACGUCUGUUCAGUAGUGACCAGCCUGACGCCAGGGAGUUUAGAAAAAACAUAAGGCAGUAUAACUGCCUGUUUCAGAUGACUUCAUUUGGUGGUAAGGAAGUAUUUUCUCAAAAGCGCGGCUGGAACCCAUCUGUCAUCAUCCAAGGACAAAUUCAUCAUUAUAUAGGCUCCCUAAUUCCAGAACCCCACAAACAAGCACAGUUUCUACAAAUUUACUUUUUAGACCCACAUGACAGGGUUAAACUUAGAAUGGAUAUAUUAGAAAACGGGGGGAUUCAACGUAGUAUUGUAGAGUUGUUAGAGGGCGUUUUUAGAACUUACAAUCCCUAUGUUAGGUCCCUAACGCUAGCUAACGAACAAAUUAAAGAUAUCCCAGAGGCUAGGAUUGUUAUUGACCCCAACAGACGGCCAUCCCAGGAACAUGAGAGGAGGUUUAAUGCGCAGGCCGCCAAUGAGGUGGCGGUUAUUUUAGAAAAUAACUAUUCCCCCGAAGUAACGUCAAGGCAUGUGAAAAAGGUGGAAAAGUUCAAACAAUAUCCGAGUCCCACCGAUCAUACGACUGCUUGCAGUAUGUUAUUUUUUUUUCCAUGGGGUGAAGAUGGUUGGCACAGUCAAUUACAGCUGACAAACCAAAAGAAGUUAACGGCUAUGCGGUACUAUUCUUUCCGCAUACAAAAUCAUGAGCAUGAAUUUAACCACAUACUCUGGGGAGGACGACUGUUCCAGCAAUAUUUGGUUGACAUGGCUGCAAAGAUGGAAGGCGAACGUCUGAACUUUAUAAGAACUAAUCAAGUUUCAUUACGCUCAUCUACUUAUAAAGGCCUUACAGAUGCACUGAACGAUAACGAUGAUCUACAAAAUAUCGGCAAGCGCGUCAUUCUUUCGUCAACUUUUGUCGGCGGACCACGGUACAUGAUGGAGAGAUGCCAGGAUGCCAUGAUGUACAUACGCAAAUAUGGCAAUGCAUCAUUCUUCAUAACCAUGACCUGUAAUCCAGACUGGCCAGAAAUACAGGAAAAUUUAUUUUUAAAUAAAAAACCUUACGACAGACCUGAUCUUAUUGCUAGAGAUUGUGAAUUAAAAAGAAAAUUAUUCCUCAAGUACUUGACAGGGCCUGACGGUUUGUUAGGCAGGUGCAUUGCUUUUAUAAUAAGCACCGAAUAUCAAAAGCGAGGACUGCCUCAUCUGCACUGUUUACUUUGGCUCGACGAAGAAACCAAACCUCGACCAAAUGUGUAUGACCAGUACGUGCAGGCUGAAAUACCUAACCCAUUGGAAGAUGCUGAGGGACACGCUUUAGUUCUAAGGCACAUGAUUCAUGGUCCGAACUGUUGUGUCACAUCUCCUUGUUGGAAAAAUGGCGCGUGUUCUAAACGCUAUCCUAAAUCUUUCGCCGAACACACAAUGUGUGGAGAGGAUUCAUAUCCCGUAUAUAGGAGAAGAUCGGUGGAUAUGGGUGGAUUUUUCGGCUACAAAGAAGGGAGAGAGGGAACACCAAUAACAUCUGAGUGGGUCGUCCCUCACAAUAUGCAGCUCUUGAAAAUAUUUAACUGUCAUUUGAAUGUGGAAGUCUGCACUUCGGUUAAAUCAAUAAAAUAUGUCGUUAAAUACACACUAAAAGGCAGUGACCAGGCAAUGUUUGGUCUCAAGCAAAACGACGAAAUUGCCCAGUAUUUGGCAGGCCGCUACAUUGGCCCAUCUGAAGCUGUUUCGUCCAUUUUAGGAUUUCCGGUUCAUGAAAGAGACCCCCUGGUAGUUAGGCUGCAAGUCCAUCUUCCCGACGAACAACAUGUUUAUUUUCAAGACACUGCUGGGCUUACUGACACAGAGAUGUGUAAAACAACUCUAACCCAGUUUAUGAAAUUAAACACAGAUGACCACUUUGCCAGAGCAUUGUUUUAUGCUGAAGUACCACGGUACUUUACCUGGGCCAAUAAGCAAUGGCAGCGCAGAAAGGUUGGAAAAGAAAACCCAAAUCAUCCAGGGAGGUUUGAGGCCAAUGUUUUGGGACGGGUCUACACAGUUUCACCACAAUGUGGUGAAUUGACUACUUACAGUCGGACAUGUUUACUCGCACAAAUGAGAACCCAACACCAUGACCAGGCACUCUUAUAUAUUCAAGAGAAGCUAGAAGCAUACGGCAAAAGACUCGCUGACUACAGUUUGCCGACACCAACUUCUCUACGUUAUCUUGGACACAAUGAGGAUAUAACCAAAGAGACGAGCUACUGCAGGGAAAAAUUGUCCAUUUACGUCCGAGAAAAGGCACCCAUGUUGAACUGUGAGCAGUUAGCAGUAUACAAUUAUGUAUUAGAGUGUCUUGAGGAAAAUAAACCAUCCAUGGUUUUUAUUGAUGCCCCUGGAGGAACAGGUAAAACUUUCCUCAUAAAUUUAAUAAUAUCACAGGUAAGAGCCAAAGGAGAUAUCGCCCUUGCAGUGGCAUCUUCAGGUAUAGCAGCAACAUUGAUGCCUGGUGGCAGAACUGCUCAUUCCCGUUUUAAAAUCCCAAUAAUAGUAGAUGACAAUUCAGUAUGCAACAUAGAAACGAACUCGAAUACCGCAGGUCUUCUCCGCCAAACAAAGCUUAUUGUUUGGGAUGAAUGCUCCAUGGCCAGACGAGAAUGUUUUGAAGCUGUUGACAGAACACUGCGCGAUGUUUGUCAUAAGGACGUCGCUUUUGGAGGCAGUAUCACUAUUUGCUGUGGAGAUUUUCGACAGCUUCUGCCUGUAGUCAAGCGUGGAAACGAAGUAGACAUACAAAAUGCCUCCAUUAAAAAAUCUUACCUUUGGGAGUUAUUUACAAAGUUUAAUUUGAAUUUAAACAUGCGUCUUGAAGAAGGAGAAAUUGACUACAGCAGGUUCUUAUUGAAUGUUGGGGAAGGUAAAGUACCUACAAAUGAAAAUGGGGAAAUAGAAUUACCGGAAGAUAUGGUCCUUAACAAUAUUUCUAUCGAACAAUGUAUGAAAAACAUAUACCCUUCAUUUGAAGAACCUAAGGUGGUAUUUUCAAAAAGAUGCAUUUUGGUGCCAUUGAAUGAAAAUUUAAGAAAAAUAAAUUCAAUGAGCAUACGAGAAUUUCCCGGUCAGUUGAAAGAAUGUUUCUCUUUCAACUCUGUAAUUGAAGGAACUGACUCUGCACAUUUUCCCACUGAAUUUUUAGAUUCUGUUGAGUUGUCUGGUCUGCCACCGCAUAGGUUGGAACUAAAAAUAGGUUCCCCUAUAACACUGCUACGAAAUCUUGAUCCCCCAAGAUUGUGCAAUGGAACUAGACUAAUAAUUCAAGCGUUGCAUAACAACCUUAUAGUUGCUAAAAUACUUAUAGGACAAUAUCAAAACGAAACUGUUUUAAUACCAAGAAUAACAGUAAAAUUAACUGAAGGCGACGAUAUUCCCCUACAAAGAACACAGUUUCCAGUCCAGUCAUGUUUUGCCAUGACAAUACACAAGGCUCAAGGGCAGACCAUGGAAACUGUCCUUAUUUUCUUAGAAAAACCUGUAUUUCAGCAUGGUCAGUUACAUGUAGCACUUAGCCGAGGAAGAAGAAAGGAAAAUGUUAAGGUGCUUUUAAAAGAUAGCAUAUUUACAAGGAAUGUAGUCAUUAGAAGUAUUUUGCAAUAA